AUGACGGCAGCCGAGGAGGAAGCCUCCUCUGAGUGCGUUUCCAACAUGCAGCCAUCGAGCGGGCUGUGCUACAGGCAGAGACGGUGCCCGAUCGAGGCAUGCAGUCCCUGCAUCUCCACAGAAUUGACAGCCUCCAAAUUUGACGGUGGCUGCCGAGGGCGGUUCUCGGAUGCUGCAGAAGCCGGCUUCCGCACGCCACUGCCGAUGUGCCAAUCUGCAGAUCUUGCAGACGGCCAGCCACAGCCCAUUAGCGCUGAGCUCCUGCUCACAGCUCAGAAGAAGCUCAGGGAGGCGUACGAGUCCAACAUCCCGGCCUGCCCAAUGGUAUCUGGCGCAGUCUUCGGGGAUCAGGGAGCACAGAUGCCCUUCAGCGGUUACAGCGCCCACUUUGAGGUCAAGGCGAUGCAACCACUCCUCAUGGAGGCUCAGGGGAGCUGGCCCAUUGGCGCCUGCACGCCGGCCCAACCAGGGUCCCUGCAUCAACCAGAGGUGCUGCAUCCGCAGAAGCCUCGCACAGUUGCUGCAAGCCAGGAGGCCGCAGCUGCCAGCAAUCCUCAGCCCAGGCUGGAGGGGAAUGCGCCGAAGCAGAGGAGGGCCAGGGGUGAGGAGAGCGAUGAGGACACGCUCAGCAGCAGCAGCAGCAGCGGCUCCAAGAAGCGCAAGAGGCAGGCAGUCAUGUUCAGCAGCAUGCAGCCGGACUCCUGGGCUGCUGAGCUGGCGCUGCAGCGGCGGCAGCUGCAGGCACGCGUGGAGCAGCUGGAGGGGUACAACGCUCACCUCAUCCGCCAGCUCAGUGCCACUCUGCGCACGCUGCGCUCCGAGCGCGCCAACACCCACGCCGAGAUCACGCGCAUGCACCAGAAGUGUGCCGCACUGGCCGCGUUUCUGCCGCCGUCGGUGGCCGCCUUCGCGCUCGGCAACCCGCCGGAGAUCGGGGUCAACAGCCGGGCCGCCCUCCUCCGCUCACACUCCUCGCCAUGA